AUGGCAAAGCAAAGCGACAUUGAUUCUUGGCAACAUCUGCGCAACAUAAGCGUGCCAAAAUUAAAUGCGGAAAUAGGCCUGUUAAUCGGGAGCGACGUUCCGUCAGCGUUAGCACCCCUCGAGAUAAAACGCGGGAAGAAUGGAGGUCCUUAYGCAACCAGAACUCUCYUAGGAUGGUCUGUAAAUGGACCAUUGAAGAGAAAUGAACAAAAUGCUGAGCUUACCACGAACUGUUUGGACGCCGAAGRUUCAUUAACCAAGCAAUUUGAACGGUAUUGUAACCUAGAGUUCAGGGAUACAUCCAGCGAAGACCAAGUUGCGAUGUCGCAAAACGAUCACAAGGCACUUACAAUCAUGGAAAGCACAGUAAUACACAAGGAUAAUCACUACGAGAUCGCCCUACCGUGGAAGCAAUUUCCGCCUCACCUUGAAGACAACAAAUCCAUGGCUGAACGUCGCUUAAACAUACUGAAAGGAAAAUUCCAGAGGGAUUCCAAUACAUUUGACAAGUACAAAACCUUCAUUGAUGAYUUAAUAGUGAAGGACUACGCAAGACAAGUGACUCCAUCAGACGAAAGUCUCGUCCCUAUCUGGUAUCUACCGCACCACUCCGUGCAGCACCCACAAAAGCCUAACAAGGUAAGGGUGGUAUUUGAUUGCUCAGCGAAAUGGCGUGGAACUUCACUGAACGAUCAGCUGUUACAGGGGCCGGACCUUAYAAACUCUCUCGUCGGAGUAUUAACUCGUUUUAGGCAAGAACCGAUUUCACUAAUGACCGACAUCGAGGCGAUGUUCCAUCAAGUGAGGGUACGUCCUAGUGACUGCAACGCUCUUAGAUUUCUCUGGUGGCCAAAUGGUGACCUGAAUAGUCCGCCAGUAGACUAUCAAAUGAUGGUACAUUUGUUUGGAGCUACCUCAUCACCAAGCUGUGCAAAUUUUGCUCUGAAGAAAACCGCGAAGGACAAUGAGCAAGACUUCGACCCUAUCACAGUAGAAACAAUUCUAUCUAAUUUCUACGUCGACGAUUGUCUAAAGUCCGUGCCGACCAGUGAGGAAGCUAUCCGACUAGCUACGCAACUACGCGAGCUUCUCUCUAGAGGAGGUUUUCGACUAACCAAAUGGAUKUCGAAUGACAAAACCGUACUAGAAUCAAUCCCUGAGUCAGAAAGAGCUGCGCCCGUCAAGGACCUUGACUUUGACA